AUGGGAGGGGUAUUAUUACUUCUAGGCCUAUGCCUAGUCAUGGCGUUGGCGUCAUUCCUUGCCGGAGCGCUGCCCCUUUCAAUGUCUCUUUCACAAUCACAGCUUCGACUGCUCUCGAGCGUCGGUGUUGGAAUAUUGGUCGGGACUUCACUUAUAGUCAUUAUCCCCGAAGGAAUCGAGGCUGCAACCGCGCCUGGGGAGGCUGCUCAUAUGCAUCGAGUUCGAAGCCUGGUGCGCCGAACCCCCUGGAGCCACGCCGCACUUACACGCGGACUCCCCGAGUCAAUUGUCACAAUAAGCACCGGCUCAAUCGAGAAACGAAACGACGAGUUGGACACCGAAGCGCUUGUCCGUCGCAUUAUAAAUGCAGCAGCGAGGAAUGGCCGAGUCAAGCGUGCAGAUAUCGAGGCCGCCAUUGAAGCGACAGGUGACGAUGCUCCAGCCAUCCCAGGAGCCGGCGAUGCCGCAAAAGAUAGCACUACCGAUAACAAGGGAUCUGAAAAGGCGGAGAGUGGGAAGGAAGGCCAACAGAACCAUGACGGAGACCAUGAAGCGCAACAUGAUCAUGAGCAUGAGCAUGAGCAUGAACAGGAGCAUGAGAAAGAGGAAGCGCACGAACAUGCUGUUCCCACAUUCGAAAUCGGCUUCUCGUUGAUUCUGGGUUUUUUGUUAAUGUUCCUGAUUGAUCGACUGCCGCGCCAUGCGACAGAGAGUCUUCACUCUACACCCCAGACCCGCCAUAUCAGUCUCGACAACCUCAACGGUGAUUCUGCCUCCGUUGACGAAGAGGCGGAUGGGUUCCUGGGAUCCCUGACACCCACUCCGCGUCGAGCGCGCAGCUUGGCAACGACCACUGGAUUGGUUAUUCACGCCGCCGCCGACGGAAUUGCAAUGGGUGCCUCGUCGACUACUUCAGAUAUGAAGCUUGGCUUCAUUAUCUUUGCGGCCAUUAUGAUUCACAAGGCUCCUGCUGCCUUUGGCCUAACUUCACUUCUUCUCAAGCAGGGUCUUUCGAAGCGAGCUGCUCGAGGACAUCUUAUUGUAUUCAGUUUGGCUGCACCGUUUGGUGCAUUGACAACAUGGACAUUGAUCACUCUGCUAGGUGGUGGUAAGGUUGAGAGUGACCAUUGGUGGACCGGCAUGCUACUCCUCUUCUCUGGUGGCACGUUUUUAUAUGUUGCUAUGCAUGCGAUGCAAGAGGAUACUACCCCCCAUACUCAUGACCACGGCAUCAACGGCUAUGCAGAUAGUAAUGCCACGGCACAGCGGAAACCAAAGGGACCGCAGAUGCGUGAUACACUGGCCACCAUGGGUGGUAUGCUGGUACCACUGCUUACACAGUUUGGCCACCACCACUAA